UUACAAAUGAGUAUGGAACUCCCAAGUUCCAAUGAGCCUGCUAGUAAAUCAGAGAAAACCCAACCUUCGAAACCAAAUCAUACGAUGAUUGUAACUUGUGUGGUGAUUGCAGCGGCAGUAAUACUCAUCAUUGGGAUAGGAAUUCUGAUGCGGGUGUUCAGACCUAGGGUGGGAAGGAGAAAGGAACGCGAUGGAUUAGAAUGGAGUAUGAUUUCAUUUCAAAGGUUGAAAUUCAAUAAAUGGGAUAUUUUGGGCGGUUUGAUAGAUGAAAAUUUGAUUGGAAAUGGAGGAUCAGGAAAAGUGUAUAGAGUGAUCACCAAGAAAGGCCAAAAGGUUGCUGUUAAAAGUAUAAGGCAUGAACAAAAGGAAAGGCAGGGAUUAAUGGAGAAACAAUUCCUAGCAGAGGUUAAGAUCCUUGGGGGAAUUUGGCACAACAACAUAGUGAAAUUGCUAUGUUGCAUCAGAGGAAAGACUACAAAGCUUAUUGUGUAUGAAUACAUGGACAAACAAUGCCUCCACAAAUGGUUGCAUGGGAAGAAGAGAGGCUUAAUUACUCAAGUCUUGCAGUGGGAGAGAAGGCUAAAAAUUGCCAUUGGAGCUGCACAAGGCCUCUGCUAUUUGCAUCACAGUUGCAGUCCACCCAUUGUUCAUAGAGAUAUAAAGUCUAGUAACAUACUCGUCGACUCUGACUUCAAUGCACGGAUUGUAGACUUUGGACUAGCAAAGAUGAUGGCGAGUGAAGGAGAUCCAGAAACAGCAUAUGCUAUUGUGGGAACCUUUGGUUACAUUGCCCCCGAAUAUGGUAAUACAAGAAAAGUGGAUGCGAAGAGCGACAUCUACAGCUUUGGCGUAGUACUCUUGGAAUUGACAACUGGAAGAGAAGCCGUGACUCGAAAUGAGGAUAUGAACUUGGCACAAUGGGCACACAAACACCUAAGAGAAGGAAACUCAGCUGCAGAUGCCCUAGAUGAGGAGAUCAAGGACCCACGUUAUCUGGAGGCAAUGAUCACUGUUUUCAAAUUAGGCCUUGCGUGUACAUUGAGUUCCCCAUCAAGCAGGCCGUCCAUGAAAGAUAUUUCACAGAUUCUUCAAAGAUGCAGCGAAAACAGUCAUAUGUCCACAGAAAGUUGAAUAGCUGAUAGACAAUAUAAUAUUUAAACUUUGCUUUUGAAUGGAUUUGUCCCAUUACGAAAUAUUGGCAAUGGUUUGUUUAAAGUGAUUAUUGUACUCACAGUGCAA